AUCGUUUUGUGACAGAUAUUAAACAUUAGAAAAAACGAUCAUCUACAAGAGCGUGGUGGUUUAAAGAGUUUCGGUCCCAUUUGAAUGUCGUAGACUACGCCCGGACGUUUCUACGAUAGGAUUUAUUCGCGGCGUAGCGCGCCCACGCGGCUGAAAUUCUUUUGAUGAGCGUCCUUUGUUCCGCGCCACCGUUCGCGGCGGUCCUUCCUCUCGAGGACAAUUCGUUUAUGUCACUUGUCACUGGAGGCUACUUAAAAUGAGUAAACACCAGAGUAAACAAGACACUUCAAUCUCGGCAUCAAAGACUAAAUUAUGGCAGAGUGUGCUCCAAAGAUUGAAUAGAGUAGCAAUGGAUACAGAGAGCCAGACCAAGAGAAAAACGCUGUCGAAGCUUUCCAUGAUUGGUUCCAAUGGGGCCGGCGUACUCUUUCACAGGCGUGGGGAUCGACUUAAGAUCCCGAGAUAUCAGAACACCUUUCGUCUGGAACCGUUUAAAGCUUUUCACGCAGCGACGGUCGACAAGAUCGUUCGUGACGUAAUGGAGAUCAAAUUAUCGGCGAUUACGUCAUACCAGCCGGAUCAGACAUCAAAAUUGUGUUUGGAAAUUGCCAGCGACGUGCUGAAGGCUGUCGGCAAGAAGGAUUACGACAGAUACAAGAUGGUGACGCAAGUGUACAUAAUCCAGCGCUUCCAUCAAAGUAUACAUGCGGCCUUCCAGUGUCUCUGGGACGUGCAGCGUGAUAAUUACUCGUAUCACGUGUUCGAAAACAAUCACGUAUACGCGUGGUGCUGCGUGUUCGGUGUAUAUUACGAUUAAACGCGGCGACGAUUCCAAACUAAUAUCCCGCAUUAAGCUCGCUGCAGUCUCAUUAGUUAGUAAUAUCGAAUAUACACAUUGUAACGUUUAUACAUAUUUAUCGAGUCAUCGUGAAAUCGGCAUUAGUAAUUUCAAUGAUACCGAUUCCACAAAUACAAUAAUAUAUAUCAUGAAUAAUAAUAUUGUAACGGGCGGGAAUAUAACGGUGUGAGAACGCUCGAUGUAAAUCGUGCGUAAAAUGUACGAAUAUGUGACAAUAUAAAAUAUGCUUAUAAUGUGUAAUGAGAAAUUAAAUAAAGGAGAAAUAUUAAACGAGACGGAAAA